UUCCCCCUCUCCCUGUCUCUCUCUCUCUCUCCCCCUGUCUCUCUCUCCCUCUCUCUCCCUCUCUCUCUCUCUCUCUCUCUCCCUCUCUCUCUCCCCCCCCUCCUUCCUUCUGUCUCUCUUUCUGUACUAUUACUGGAUGUUUUGUUUAUAUAAAGUGACAUUUCCUGUCUGAAACGUUGCGCUACUGCCUAUUCCCUACAGACGCAGCAGUGCAUUAUGGGUAUUCUGUACCAGCUGAUGUUUGGACACUACAGUGGUGCAUUGUGGGAUAUCCGGUGAGCAGGGAUGGGAUUAUAGGAGUUUAUUUCAGUAGCAGGAAGCACAGUGACAAGCCGCAGCGCAGGACUCAGUGUUCGGCGUUCAGGAAGUUGAGCGCAUCUUUAACAGAAGGCCACUUUCACACCUCUUUCUGUGUCCCUCGUUCCCCCGUUUCCCCUCCUGAGGCUGUCGGGAUGAGUGAGACGAGUAUUGAGCUGUGAGGAGACGCCGAGACGCUCACACAGCAGCAGCGUGUUCCUUCAAUCCUCACCUCUACCAGCCUGUGUGUGGAAACAGACCCAGACGUUACACCGAACAUGUUUAUUUCUUAUUUAAUUUUCAUUUCGUCCUCUGAGACACGGACGCGCCUGACGGAGACGAGCAGCAGGACCUCGGGACGCUCAUAACUGGAAGUAUUGGGAUUUCAUAUGGAGUCUGAAACACAGGACAUGCACUUACCUUCUGUUUAGUCUCUUUUUUGUACCAUGGACUGAUUUAAUAGACUUGGUGAGGAAAGUAAACUCCUUUUCAUUCUGCUUAUUGUUUUCUUUCCUCAUGCAUCAUCCUCUCUCUCUCUCUCUCUCUCUCUCUCUCUCUCUCUCUCUCUCAUGUAUACCAUACCUGACCUGCUCUCUGCCUAUCUGAACAAUAGAAAAGCGUAAGGUGUGUGUGUGUGUGUGUGUGUGUGUGUGUGUGUGUGUGUGAGCGCACAUGUCCUCAGAUGUGUGUGUUAUUUCCAAUAAAACUCAUGUCAGCGUGGUUUAUUGUGAUGGUGUGAUGAUGGAGAGAUAAAUGAUGUGCUGUAUGUGACCUGAACAAUCAUGUGAUUCCUGUUUGAAUUCAUUUCCACCUUAAAGAAAAUGUUUUCUGCUUUUAAAUCUCUUCAGAUCCUGGAAUAAUAUCUGCUCUUAUCAUGUGUGUUUUUUGUGGUGGCUUUUUAAAAAAAACAAACAAACAAACAAAAAAAAUCUAAGGCUAUAUGUCAUCAAUCAGCCCCCCAUAGGUCAAUGUUACUACGUCAUUGCGUCAACGUGACGCCUUGACGCAAGCACGCACGCACGCUAGCACGCACGUGACUCCGCCCCCAGGUCCCGUGUUAUUCGAUAUCCUUCCGCGUUCGCCGCAGUCAGUUUGUAAACAUCCCCCUGCUGCAGCGAGCAGAAACACCACCGAGCCGCUUUCAUCGGAGAUUAAACUCUCCCGGAAACUUUUCCAACAUGAAGUUCAUGUACAAAGAAGAGCAUUCGUUUGAGAAGAGGCGGUCUGAGGGAGAGAAGAUCAGGAAGAAAUACCCGGACAGAGUGCCUGUGAUUGUUGAGAAAGCGCCCAAAGCCCGGAUAGGAGACCUGGAUAAGAAGAAGUACCUGGUUCCCUCCGAUGUUACAGUGGGUCAGUUUUACUUCCUGAUCCGGAAGAGGAUUCACCUGAGAGCUGAAGACGCGCUCUUCUUCUUCGUCAACAACGUCAUUCCUCCUACAUCAGCUACCAUGGGCCUGCUCUAUCAGGAGCAUCAUGAGGAGGAUUUUUUCCUGUACAUCGCCUACAGUGAUGAGAGUGUGUACGGAGAGGAGGUGUAGCGCACGGAGAGGAGGUGUAGCGCACGGAGAAGAGGUGUAGCGCUCGGCCUCGUCCCCGUCCUCCUGAUACACUGAGUAAUAACUCUACAGCUGAGAGCGCGUCACUUUCACAUCCUGCUCUCACUUCUGCAGUGUUCACGUUACUCAUUAUUCUGGCCUUCCUGAAAUGUCCCGCUUGUCUUUAACACACACACACAAACACACACAGUAGUGAACACACACACACACAGUCUCUCUCUCUUUAAUCUUUUUACUUUCCUCCAGUGCCGUUUGUUUGUUUUUACGACUCUCCGUGCGUGUACCAUCGCUGAUACCGGUUUGAUGAUUUUUAUUUAAAGGUUUGAAUAUUUUCUGCUGUGAGUUUUGCAGUACAUUGCUUUUUUUUGCAUUUUAAUAUUUUUAUCGCUGUGUUAUUGUGGCUAAUGUGUGAUGUGAUCUAGACCAGAUCAUUAGAGUUGCUUUUGAUUUUGUGAAAAAUGGAGAUGAUUUUUUUUUUUUUUUUUUGGUAUCUGUGUUUCUGAAUGCUGUCACUAUAAACACAGUGGGGAAAAACA